UUUCAAUCUGAAUCAAUUCUUAUUGAGUGUACACUACACACACAUCACGUACGUACGUUUGGGCUAGAAAAUUGCCACACGCACUCCCCGUCUUGUUCAAGCGAAUGGUUUUUUGAGCUCAUAUUUUUCUGCAAUCAAAGGUAUCAAUACUUGGAUUCAGGUUUCUUCAAAUUCCUCAAAACCCUAUUCACCAUUUCAGACACCAACGCCAAAUUCGCCUCCAAAAUGGGUGGAACACAAGUGGAAAGAGAAGAGAAAGUUUCAUUAGAGCUUAGUGAAGAAAUUCUUCAGAGUAUGGAAGUUGGAAUGUCCUUCAAAGACUACAAUGGUAGAAUUAGUUCGAUGGAUUUUCAUAGGACAUCCAGUUAUCUAGUUACUGCUAGUGAUGAUGAAUCUAUUCGUCUAUAUGAUGUUGCUGCUGGAACAUCUUUGAAGACAAUUAACAGCAAGAAGUAUGGAGUUGAUUUGGUUUGCUUCACUUCUCAUCCUACAACUGUCAUUUACUCUUCGAAGAAUGGUUGGGAUGAAUCUUUGCGGCUUCUAUCAUUGCAUGAUAACAAAUACUUGAGAUAUUUCAAAGGUCAUCAUGACAGGGUUGUCUCACUUAGCUUGUGCUCUAGGAAAGAUUGCUUUAUAUCCGGAUCUUUAGAUCGAACUGUUUUACUAUGGGAUCAAAGGGCCGAGAAGUGCCAGGGACUUUUACAUGUACAAGGAAGGCCUGCUAUAUCGUAUGAUGAUCAAGGCCUUGUCUUUGCAGUAGCCUUUGGAGGAUACGUGAGAAUGUUUGAUGCACGGAAGUAUGAAAAGGGCCCCUUUGAGAUAUUUUCUGUUGGGGGAGAUAUUUCUGAUGCGAAUGUUGUGAAGUUUAGUAAUGAUGGGAGACUCAUGCUUUUAACAACUGCAGAUGGGCAUGUCCACGUUGUUGACUCAUUCCGUGGUACACUUUUAUCCACAUAUAAUGUCACGCCUGUCUCAUGCAAUGCCACAUUAGAAGCUUCUUUCAGCCCCGAUGGAAUGUUUGUAAUAUCAAGUUCUGGGGAUGGUAGCAUCUAUUCAUGGAGUGUUCGGACUGGCAAAGAAGUUGCAAGUUGGAGGAGUGCAACUUCUGAUAUUGGACCUCCUGUUAUAAAGUGGGCUCCUGGGAGUCUUAUGUUUGCGACUGGAUCAUCUGAGUUGUCGUUUUGGGUUCCAGAUUUGUCUAAAAUAGGAGCUUAUGUUGUAAAAAAGUAGAAAACUCCACACAAAGAAGCUAUUUUUUACCCGAUAACCAACUGAAAGAUUAUAUUGUUAAUCCUACUGAAACUUUGCCAUGGUUUGUAUAUAUUUUUCUCCAAAGGGCGGCAGAUAUUUCAGUGAGCCUCCAGAACUGUACAAGUUAAGAUAUCUGAAUGUGUAUUUAUGUUCGGCCCUUCUCCUUUCCGGGUCUGGAUUUAUCGCA